AUGGGAAGCCACUUGAAGGCUCAUGUCUUGUCGCCACGGGCCGUAGUCGCUGGGCUGGUCUUCUCUCUUUUCGUCUGGCAAGCACCGGCAACUCGCGUCACUUCGGUGCUCGGAACGAUUGCAAGAGAAGCAGAAGAGAGUACCAAUGAUACAGCCAGCCCGGCAACCCCGCCAUUGGAAGGAGACGUCAUCGUGCCCGCUACUGGCAGACCAAUUCCUACGGGCGUGCCUCUCGAGAAUCCGUCGGCAUCACGCAUUAUAGAACCAGCACGGCUGCGCCUCGUUCCGACAGGCGACCGGACCAACAUCGUCGCAGGCGAGUACACGGCAGCGGAUGAUGCUGCACAUAGGGCGGCAGAUGUGGCCAAGGCGCUGCAAAACGGCGCGGACUCGAUUUCUGAUAGUACUCUCAUGGUAGAAAAACCAUGGUGGCUGCUGUACAGUCUAAAGGAAGGCCUUGUCACUGACAGGGUUUUGCAGACGACUAUACGACCGCAGUUCAAGCGCUUUCUCCAAGUAAACGGCGAAGAAGGUGAACUUCCUGGUUACUUCGAUGCAGUCUCCGGUCUGGCAUGCCGAGCAGCCAUCGAAAGCUUUCUUCGUUCUUACGAACAGACGCGGUUCGCUGAGGAAUCACUGACGCGCGAUGGUGGCGUAGACCUGCUAAAGGCACCGUGGAUAGAUGAGCUUCUCUCCAAGACGAGGGUUCAACGGAAGUUCUCGCACAUGAAACGCCAGGGUCGUAUUUUCAUUACAGAAACUAGACUGAAGAAUGUGAUUUUUCACCUGAAGGGAGUGACAGCAAGGCUUCUGACGGGUGUACCGGGACAAAGGAUGUUCAAAGAUCAGGCGAAGACAUUCGGGUAUUCCUCGACGUGCCAAGAACCUUGCCGAAAGGCUGUGGUACAGAAUCUCCGUCAGACGCGCUCCGCGCCAGCUUCCUCCGUGAAAGCUCUGCAAACAGACUUGCUCAUCCUGUUUUUGUCUCACUGGACAAAUAUUAUCGAGGCCACGGAGGCGUCGCUCGAAAGGAUAUUGGGCACGGUUUUGCUUCAGUUCUACGAUGUAUGCAAGUACACGGGCGGCUCGAUCUUCUGUGACAUUCCCGAGGCUGACCGGCUAGGGAUGGACCCAGGCAUUUUGACUCCGACACCCGAGUCUCUCGAAAGCCUGAUAAAUACCAAGGAUGUUAGGGAUAACAGUUCCCCCUGGUCGAUGCGGGGAGGUCGGCAAUCGGAAUUGUGGCGGGAUUUGUACAACUCGAAGCCAAGCCCCUCGCCAGCAAUGGAUGCCUUGCGGUUCGUGGAAGCUAGCACAAGUCUUGUUAAGUCCCUCGAGGACCCGUCUGGGCCUGUUUCAGGCAAAGAUGCGUACCUGUUCACACAGAGCCUCUGGAUUGAAGCACGCGCACUCCAGAGUGGUCUAGCAGGGUUCUCAUCAAAGCCAGAGUCGCCUUCAGCUGAGAGGCUUGCUCCCCUGCUGUUCUGGCUCAUGGGAGCAAAGGCAGCAGUUGCAGUGAAGGACCAAUACGCUCCGCUCACUUCUGUGGCUCUACAGACCGUUGCUUUCCUUCACAGCAGUGUAGAGGGCUUCCGGGCAGCUGGAUUACAGCGCUUUGGUCGAGGAUUGAGAAUGGGAUUUGCCAACAUAGCACGCCGCCUCCUGGGUCGGCGCCAACGCGUAAGCCGGUCAAUGGGCUCGUGGGCCGAUAUCGAGUUGGCUACGCAGGAAAGCGUGUCGCUCGAUAUUCCCAAGUACCGUGGAUCUUUGGAUAGAAUCUCCCAGUUCGCUGUAGAAUUCCGUAAGAAGUUCCUUGGGCAUCUACCUGUGAGCGUUGGAGCAAUGCUGAUGGUUUUGAUGGCUUUAUGGGCUAGACCCCAUGGCACCAGUUCUGGAUUCAACAUUUCAAGCGGAAAGCAAUCGCGGGCAAAGUCAAUUUUAUGGCUCAUGACCUUCGUUCACCCCAAAGGCCACAUUGGCAUGGCGGCUGACACAGUUCUCUCGGUGCUGAAGAAGCACGGGACACCAAUUAGUUCGCUGAAUAUCGGAGCCGUGGUCUUCGUUGGGAACGAACGAAGGAAUAUUCCACGCCUAAACAGUCCCACUAGCAUGGAGAUUAUCAAGAUAACUUCCCAAGGGUUGGACAGCUUUUUUACAGUGCUGAGUGCAGCCGCAAAAGAUCCCCUUGACAUCAUGCGAAUGGCAGCAGACCUCGCCAACACCAUCGACGUGCAACUUCAGGCUUCGGAGAUUUUAGAGAGAGCAUAUUCAGGCAUUACAACGGCAGGCAGCUGUGAUACAUUGGUGGAUAUCGGGUUGCCUAACAAUUCCUGA